CGCCAGCGCGAUCGAGAGGAUCGAUGCAGCGCAUCGCGCCUGCGCCACGGUUCCCUUCAAUCGUCCGACAAAGUGCUUUUUCGCGUACCGACAGAGAGAGAGAGUGUGCAGUGAGAUCUCCAAUUUAACAGAAGAAGGGCAUAAGAUCCGAGACUUCCCUCGUUGGAAGGAGCGUUAUCUCGACUCCGGAUCAGUCGCGACAGGUUCGAUAAACGUGAUAGGUGCAGCGAUCCGCGUCGAACCGAGCGCAGCGAUCGGUAGGCCUGCGGAAACCGGAAGCCCGGGACGCGGUGAUUAAUGUCCGAUCGUCGUUCCACAGAAGGCUCGCGUCGUUCUGUCGCGUCAUCGUGCGAUAGCGGCGACUACGGCGCUGCGUUCUCGCGACUGAUAACAGUAUUUGAACUGUCAGUUAUUGUGUCGGGGUGAUAGUGAGCUGGAUCCACAAUUAGACGGCCGUGAAAGGUUCGAUUCGUCGGCGUGGUCAGUCAGUGGGUGAAGCUGUGAUGUUCGACGAGCAGUGGUGAAGAAGUUCGCGAAUAAUAGGACUACCGACGUCACGCACUCGCCGCGAUCUUUCGACCUAGAACUCGGCGCGCCGAGAAGUUCGAUGAAGUUUCAACAAGUUUUCGUUCCGCUUCGACCCUGAUAAAGAGAGCUUCAUUUAUCGGUGUUCCAUCUAUCGCGUCGACUCCAUCGCGACGAAGACUUAUUUUCGAGAGUGAAAGAUGACAGUGAAUCAUCUCUCCGUCGCGCGUGCAGACGCGAGAGCGUCGUGUAACGCGGUCGACGCUUGAAACGAUGCAGCAAAAAAAUCCUUGGAGCAGCGCCGGUAAAUAGCAUCCACGGGCGAACGCGAAGUGUUCCACGAACGAUGCUCGCCGCGUUCUCUCCGCGCUCCUAACACGGUGUCUCGUCGCGGACCGCAAAAAUAGAAGCCGGUGAUUGAUUCCUCGUACCCCUUGAGCCAGGAUUACGUCGUCGGACAGCGAGGCCGGCCUGUGAAAGGAAUGUAAUCCGUGUGCGGUGAAUCGACCCGGCGAAAUUACGGUGUUUGCGCGGCACGAUCGUGCGAGAUACACGGAAUGCUCGGCUCUCGUUCGACGUUCUGUCGUUGCGCGUUCCCUUCGGUGGCCAUUCGGCGAGAAGAGAUCUCCGAUUGCGCGUACGCUUCGAUUUCUCGCGAGCCGAGACUCUCUCUUUUGGAGCUCCGAUCGAAGUAGAACGAGAAAAGGAAGGAUUUGCGAAUGAGAUCCGGUUCAAUAGUUGAAACUUGGAUACCGUGUCAACGUGUUAUCGUAAGAGUCAAUCCGUCGUUCCUUCGAUACGGAUGUUAUUCGCGUGCCGGCGCGAUCGGCCGAAGAGUAUUCAUGAGGUACGCGAAUCGGUGAAUUACUCGGGGAAACAGGCCGGACUGAUGGCAAGUAAUACUCGACGCAAUCAGGAAUCACCGAUGGCCCGCAGUAUGGUCCACGAGUGGCUGGCAACGUGCUCCUCCGGUUAAUGCCGGCUACGACGAAAUUACGCAGUGCCACCGCAGCCAGGAAUUGCCAGGAUAACGCGGCCGCGCUCGAUUACCGGGGGUAGUCAGCAGGAGAGAUCCGCUCCCAGCGGGUGCGCCGACCAAGGAGGACAAGGAGGGCCCAUUUCUCCCACGUACGCCACGAAAAUGUGAGAGGCCGGUGAAAAUGAGCAAUGAAAUGAUCUUGAAGGCCCUGACCGCCGGCAGCAACAUUCCAUUCGUCGACGAGGAUGGCCUGCUACCGGCUGUCGACCAUCAGCGCACCCGAUCGAACGUCACGCGGCGAGAGUUCACGAAAGAGACGGUCGCUACGAGCCUAGGCACGAGAUAUGGCCAGAGCUUCACGACCUUCCGUUCGAUAGCGCAACCGAGAGCCGAUCAGGACGCCCAGUAUAGAGGGGCAGCGGUUUCCGGCACGCAGAAGGGAGCAAUGUUCAAUCAGACGGGUCAAAAGGAAUCGGCGCAGCAUCGGCACGCUAAGCAAUCGCCCGGCCCGAAGAGGAGCAAGAACGAAACGACUGAGGCCGGCCCGGAGAAUCCUUUGCAGCGUUACGAAAAUGCGGUGCUGAAGUACCAGAAACCGAAAGCUCGGCCGAAACGGCAGGCGAGCCGGGAACGCCAGCAACCGCAACAGCCGAACCUCGGUUACUCGAGCAGCGACGAGAGCGUGGUCAGGAAUAAAUCGAAGAGCAUCAGCUCGAUAGACACUCAGUCGGUGAACAACAUCUUGGACGAGUACGAGGAUCUAGAUUACAGAAGAUCCUCGGACCUGAGCGACGUCGGUAGCAUCAACGUGACAAACUUCGAGGCUGUCAUGAUGGACCAGCAGAAGAAACAGCAACAACAACAGCAGCAACAGUUGCAGCAGCAAGACAAAUCGAAACUCUUGACCACGAAGAUACAACCAAAGUGUUCCCCGGUCCGGGAGAAACCUCAACCAGUUCUGAAAGUGAACCAGCAGACGCAAGUGAGGCAACGGUCUCGCGAGAGGCCGAAGGAAUCCGUGAAACACGUUGCACCGUCGUCAACGGAGGACAAUUCCCCGUCCCGGGUCUCGCCGGUGGCUUUGACGGUGGACGCGAGCCGCGGCAAAGUUCCGGAGGUGUUGCUACGCAAAGGGGAAGUUCAGAAAAGGGUGGACGAGUGGCUGAGCCAGGCGCAGAGCCAAAAUUUCCCGGUCUCCCAGCGGGAGAAACCGUUGACGAGGUCGAACAGCAGCGCCGAUCAGAAGAGCCAGAGGCGGUACCGGCAGGACUCGCGUUCCCGAUCGAUCGACGAGGGACGGGACAAACUGAAUGGGACUUCGUGCAGCUACGACGACCUUAGUCGCGCGGAUAAGAAGAUCGAGCGGAAAGUGGACAAGGUGAACGUCGGCGUGAACACCAGCCGGGGAACGUACAAAGAGUACCUGGCGCUGAAGAACAGGAGCAAGCAGCAAGAUUACGGGUUCAGUUUGUCGAGCAACGCGAUGCCCAGGACUAGGGACAUCAGUCCGUCCACCGGGUCCAGGAUUCCCCAGAGAGGCCCGCUCAGCUCGAGCUUCAGGUCCAGACGGUUGGAAUCCAACAACGACGAAGGUCAAGCGGACAACGUCGCGGACACCGGACAGGUCUACCAGACUGACAGGAACUGCCGGGUCAGAGGCGCGGCGGAGAGUCGGCUGACGAGUUUGGCGAAGACCAGAAACGAGUCCGAUUAUGGAAGGAUAUCUGGGGUAAGCGGCGCGGUUACCGGCAGCCCAACGGCGGCAGCAUCGUCGUCGCCGUCGGUGAUCCCCUGCAGGCGAGCCUCGUUCAAGCGAUCGCAGAAUCACGAUCAAAGCGCGAGCGGCGCGACGAGACCGCUCGUUAAGGAAGAGACAGGCCAGCACAGGGCGAGGGGUGGGAGCAGCGGCGGGCCGAAGGGCCUGUCGAGUAACCUUGGUGACCAAGGCGAGCCGAUCUCACCAAAUAAGGACGGAGAAAGUAGGCGGCCGGCUCUCACGAGCGAUUCACCGCGAGCCGGUGAUAAAGCAACCGAUGCUGCUGCCGCUGCCGCUGCCGUCGCUUCGACCGCCGCCUGUAAAUCGAUGGAAGGUUCGAGGAGCGGCGAUCGACCCACACGAGACGUCGCGAGGAUUACCGGGGAACCGGAGGCCAGGUACGCGGCCCGGCACCAGGACAAGAGAGAGAACAGAGCGGACCAGACGAGGCAGGAGGCUGUUUACGGUGCCGUUGGCGCGCGUGUCCGGACCCUCCAAGGUCAACAGGAGUCACGCGUCACGAGACCGAGGAAUCCUCAGCCCAGCAGCGUGCCCGCAGAAGCUAGGAAGCCCCCGAUUCUGCCCAGGCGGGAGUUGAUCCCCUGCAGCCAGGAGAUCGCGAGAACCGAUCAUCGGACGAAGAGUUCGCCGGUCCCGUCAUCGCAAUCCACCUUCAAGCCGAACAACUCCGCGUACGGUGGGCUGCAACAAUUGAACGAGCAGAACACCGUCAAGUCGAAGGUGUCGGUUUGCCCGAGCGACUCGCCGCUCGGCAGAUCGCAUUAUUCCUCGCCGAAUCACGUGGAGAAGAUUUACGAGCGCAGCCUGCAGCCCCAAGUGAUUCACGCGGAUGACCUCGAAUCGCUGCUGCGUCCUUCUUUGCAGGUCUCCGCUUACGGCGAAGGAGGAGGAGCAGGAGCAGGAGGAGGAGGAGGAGGAGGAGGAGGAGGCAACGGUGGAGGUCGAUCCGAUUUCAAGUCGCCUUCCAAAGAAGUCGGGCUGUUGCAGCCGAACGUGGAGACCGAGGAGUACGAGGAGGAAGAAGAGGAGGAGGAGGACGAAGAAGAAGACGAGGAGGUUUACGAGCGAAUCGGCGAGCUGCGGUACGAACACCUGGAGACCAUCGAAGAGGACGAUCAAAAGAGCGAGGCGUCCGUUUGCAGGUACCCCGAAAUCGGGCUGGGCCAGUGCCUGAAGAUCCAGCAGGCCUUGCCGAACGGACGGUCCAGGACUGGCGCGGAGAAAAGGAAGGAGUCCUCGAUGUGCCAAAGGCGGGAGCAAACCGAUCCCGCUAGGACGUUCGUCACGUUCCAUUCGUCCGGCUCCCCUCAGGCCGCGAAACUCGGCCCGCAACAAUCCCGAGUCGUCGGGACUGGUUCAUUGGGGGUCACCAACGAGCAACAGGAGGAGAAGCAGCGAGACGCCGCGGAGCCGAUCAUGAUCCUCGAGGACAUGGAGGUGCUGUACGACUCCGAGAAUCUGCUUGACAGAAGCCAGCCCUGUCACACGCGGGAGAAUAGCAAUCUGUCGACCGCGACGAUCCCUCUGGACGAGCUGGAGAGUGAAAGGCAAGCGGCAAAGUUCAAGGCCGAGGAGGCUUGCGCUCGUCUGAACGCGGUGGCCGACCAGACCGUCGAAUCCAGGUUUCAGAACGCGGGCGCGAUCGAGGGCGCGGCCUUUAAACUCGACAGUGCGGCCGAGAACGAGAGAACGGUCUCCCGAGAGAUCGACGACCGCGCCGCGGUGGUGAACGAAGUGUUGCUGAAGAACCUCCAGUUCAAGCAGGACCUGCCCAGAAAGGAUUACCCGGAGCAUGCCGUCGAAUCGUUCAAGAUCGAGAAUGCCGGGCAACAGAAGCCUUCGAUCGGCUUUCACAACGUCCUCUGCGACAAUUACGAGAACGCGCGGGACGCGAGGUUCAAGGAGAACAAGGUGUACGUGACAAAGGAGGAAAUGGAGCGGCAGAGGCUGAUGGAUCUGCUCAGGAAGGGGGACUACGAUUCGGUGAAAGCGGAAUUGGAGAGGAGUUAUACGCUCUCGACCCCCGGGGGUAGCAGCCCCGUUUGUUGCCCGCCCUGCAGCCCGCCGCCAGCGCCGGCCGCUUACAUAUCGAGCGCACGUGCGUCCUCGCGGAGACUCGGCACCGGAAGUGGAAUCGGAGGUCCGCCGUCCCCGGAAAGGGAUCCCCUGGGAAGACUGUUAAGAUUCCUGAAGACCUUCUACAGGGAGCUCGGCACUCGUGAUCCACCCCACUUGCCGCCGUGGGCGUCGCCUCUCCCACUCGGCACCCUUUGUCCGGCACACUUCCAGCCGCACCUGCAGCUGCUCCACAAAGGCGAGCAGGAACACAGGCUCGAGAACAUCAAGCCCGACCAGAUCUUCGCCCCCAUCAGGCUGAGCGAUGGCACGGUCUCCGAGGCGCCGCGUCGCGUGGCCAUCGAGGGAGGUCCGGGAAGCGGACGAACCACCCUGUGUCUCCGCUUGCUGCACCAGUGGGCGAUCCAAGGCGACGGCCCGGCUCUGGCGUUCAUCGUUCCCCUGCGAGAGCUCCGAGGCAGCCCCGUGCUGACCUAUCUCGCUCGGGAACUGUUCCCGCGGACAGCAGCUCUCGGCGACGCGGUCGCUCAGGUCUGGCGCACGUUGCACUUGAUGGAGGACCGGGUCCAGUUCAUUCUGGACGGGUACGACGAGUGCGUGGGCGGCAGGGCGGCCCUGGGCGACGCGGUGGACCUCCUCGAAGGCCGGCUGUUCCCGGACGCGAGGAUUCUCGUCACCUGCUCGCCGAGCAACGCGGCCGCCCUCUCGCCGCUCGUCCAGAGGAGGAUCCAUCUGGCAGGCCUCGAGUGGCCGCACGUAGAGAGGCUGUGCGUCGCUUACUUCAUCCACAACGACAUGGCGGAGAAGGCCUGCGAGUUCCUCGAGGCGCUGAACGUUCAGCCGCAGACCGUCAAGCAGCUUGGUCAGCACCCGCUCGGAUGGAUUAUGCUCUGUUGCCUUUACCAGCCCUAUAACGAGGAGAUCCCGGGUCACUGCAGGAAACGGCUCGAGGACUUCGGCAAACUGUCGCUGGCCGCGCUGCGCGAGGGCAGAUGCUGCUACACGGAGGCGGAACUGAGGGCUCGCGGGGGCGGCAUCGAGGUCACCAGGUUGGGCUUCCUGACCAAGGGGCUGACCUUCGGCCAGCGACGGAAACCGGACCUCUACUCGCCGAUCCACAUGGCCGUCGCUGAAUUCCUGGCCGCGUAUUACCUGACCUCCGUCGCCCAGUACGCCAACAUCCUGCGCAGGGAACUGGAAGGCCUGCCCACCGGCAUCAUCAGUCAUUUGGCCGGACUGCUGGGGCCCAAGACUCAUCUGAUACUCAACCAACUCUGUCCACUGGAGGUUCCGCCUAGAGCGGUGUUCUCUUUGCUGAAAGCGGCCGGAGCGUCGGACGGGAACAUCUCCGCCGUGUGUAGGUUAGUGGGGGCUGGUCCUGGGUUUGGACCGGCGCCCAACGAGAGGCCGCCGGCCCCGUUGGUUCACACGUCACCCCUGGAGCUCGAGGGUUGGGCGAGGAUCCUCGAGAGCCCCGCUUGCACCCUCGAAGCCCUCGAGGUGAUCUUCCAAGUGGAGAGGGGCUCGGACCCGAGGUACCUGGACGACUUCUUCGAGGCGCUGGCCGGGAACGAGAGCGUGAAGCUUGUCAGGAUCACCUCCCUCCUCGGACAAGAGUUCCCUGCCGAUGAGGCGCAACGAUUGGCCGGCCAUCUGAAGAGCGUUCUCGGCAAGAAGAAGCUGAACGACUUCGAGCUGGUCAUUACUUGCUUGGAGGAGGCGGCUCAUGACAGACUGGAGUGCGUGGUGAACGCCCUUUGCCGCGGGCUGAGCCACGCGUCGAGCAGCCUGGCCCGGCUGGUGCUCGACAUGAAUCUGUCCGGCGAGCAAGUGUCCCGGGUGUGCGCCGCUCUUCGUGGCUGCGUUCAAGUGCAGGCGCUGCACUUGCCCCAUUUGGGAUGCGGCUGCGAGGGGUUGGCCUCGGUCGCCGAGCUGCUCAAGGAGAGGCCGCUGUUGGCGCUGAACCUGGCCGGCAGUUGGGGCGCCAAGAACGAGGAUCCAUCCAGCUCUGGCAUCAGUAUGGGUUCAGGCUCUGGAUCCGGAAGCAGCGGCUGCGCCUCCAGCACCCUCGGCACGCUACCCCUGAAUCGGUGUUACUCGUCCCUGCCGCGCGGCGCUUUGGCCGUGUACGGCAGUUUAACGAGGCCUGCGACCCUCCCGCGGCUACCCCUCGGUCUUGGCCUUGGUCCCGUACCCGCCACCGGGAACGGACCGCUGCCGCAGAACGACCGAGACAGGGACAGCAACGGCAGCAGCAAGAGGAACAGCGACAGCGUGCUGUGUCAUCGUUUGCCACUGCUGCACCCGUUACCCACUUGCGACGUCAGCAGCCACCAAGGAACCGGCUUCCACGAGAUCUUCAACGCCAUCAGAGAGCCGAACUGCAAGCUGAGGUCCCUGAAUGUGUCCAAGUGUUUGCUCGGCGGAUUGGAUGCGGGCUGCCUGGGAGAGACGGUCAGGAGGGCGCGCAAUCUGGACGCUUUAAGGGCGGCCGGCGCCUCGCGGCCGGCGGACGUGAUGCCGCUGGUCCUCGCGUUGACGGAGGCGCCCUGUCUGCAGCUGCUGGACCUCGCGAGCCCUCGCCUCGCGCUCGACGAUCAUCCUUCGCGGCUGCUGUGUCACGCCCUCGCCAGGAACACCACCCUCAAGCUGCUCAGCCUCGAGGGAUGGACCUUCAGAAUAGAGGAAUCGGACAGCCUGGCGGUGUUUUCGGAGCUGCUGAGAUACACCAGCGUACGCGAAUUGAGCCUGUGCAACGCCCGCUUGCAUCUGGCGGUCCAUGAGGGUCCUCUGGCGAGAUUAGGACGUCGGGACGACGCCGGUGCGGAACUCCUAAGGGCCGCGCCGCCUCCUGCCUGUCCGGCGAUUGUAUUCCUCAGACUGGCCGGUUUUCAAGUGACAGUGAACGAUCGUCUGGCGCUAAGAGGGCCGCUUCUCCUGCCGUUCCUCGCGGGCUUCACCGCGCUCAGCGAGCUAGACCUUUCCCUGGACAAGUCAACCAUAGGGGGGAGCAGCGGAUCGCUGUUGUUCAUCGACGACAAGAUCCUGCAGCAGUUCUUUGCUUGCUUGUCCUCCCAUUUCAGGAACCUACAGUCCCUGAGAAUCAACUUCUGGCGGGUGACCCUCGAGGACAGCGAGAAGACGACGCGGCAGAUCGCGAAGUACCUGAAGCUGUGCAACCUGAGCUUCCUGAAGGCGAACGGGCUGAUCGUGAUCGACAGCGCGAAGAAGGUGCAGAUGGAGCACAUUUUCGUGCAGACGCUGCUGACACACCUGCAGUACCUCACCUGGCUCUGCUUGGACGGCGUCGAGCUGACGGAAACGCAGGCGUCCAGCAUCGGGAAAUGCGUGAGGGACCGGUACCCGGGCACCUCGUUGGAGAUCAGCGCGAAGGACGUGCACGUGAAGUCGGUGAAGGCGUUGGUAACCGCGACGGAGGAGGGCGGCAGAGCGGAGGUGGUCUACACCGGCGGGUCGAACUGUAGAUUGAAGAUCACGAAGAUCCAGAAGAACGGGAAGUCGAAGAAGAAGUGAGGAUUCACCGCGGAACGAUCGGUUCUAAGAGAUUGGCACAUAGAUGAUUCUCAGUUGCCCGGUGACGAGGAGUCGUGGCAGAAGGACGGGUACGACGAUGGUGGAGAUCGAUUGAUCCUGAAGGGAUGAGGAUUGGUAAGAGAUCAAAGUCGGAGAUGGAGGGGGAACGUGUUCGAUUUGAGGUUGAAUCUUGGGACGUAUUUGGGUUGCGCCAGGCUUUUCGCAGUCGGUCGAUCCGGUGGAACGGAUCUCUGUAUGGGAAAAGAAGGGUAGAGGGGCAGAGACGAGAGGAAGGAAUCUAGAAACAGAGUACGUAAGAGAAUAGCUUUAGGAAGAAACGAAUCGAGCACCGUCGAACGAGCCAUGUAUCGUCGACGAUUUUAGCCAUAAGAGGCAUGUGUAGGAUAAGAAGAUUACAUUUGAUGUCGGAUACGCGUGAGAGGGCGAAGAGGAUCGAAAAUGAAGCCGACACUUUCUGGAUCUUCGUACUUACUGUGAUUUACUUUUCCGCGCGUGGUCGCACUCCUAAACGAUAGAUCACAUAGAUCGUAGCGUUAUUAACUCGAGCAUUCUCGAUAUGGUACGUUAAAGACGCGAGGGAAGAAAGAAAGCGAAACGAUUCGUAGGGCGUUAUGGUGUCCUUGUUUUAGAUGAGAUAGGAAAAGUCCCGUUCCGGGUGACAAAUUAAAACGGUAAAGUGGAUUAAAUUAUCUUGCAAUCGACCAACCACAAACGGCACACGCGCGCACACGCGUUACCGAGACGGUAUUUAACGAGAAAAAUAGAAAUGAAAGAGGCUGUUGCAAACUAGAUACGUUCGUUGUUAUUAGAUGGACUGUAAAAUACGAUUCAGAGUAAUAUAUUAUUAUUAUCGUCAUUAUUACGAACAUCGUCAUCAUUAUUAGUUAUUAUUACAUAUUACUAGUUUUAUUAUUACUAAUAUUAUUACUAUUAUUACUAUUAUUAUUACUACUAUUAUUAUUAUUAUUAUUAUUGUUAUUAUUAUUAUUACGAUUAAUAUUAUUAUCACUACGAUUAUUAGUAAUACUCUGAACACAAUUAUCAAAUGUUACGAUCGAUUGAAUGGCAAUCGACGAUCCAAGAGUGAAAUGGCUUUACGGUGGACAAGGCGCGUUGUUGGAGACUUGAAGAAAUUUUAUAGAUAUUAUAUUCUAUAUGGUAGCAUGUAGAGAAAACGUAUCCGGAGAUCGGAUUCUCGAAUUCUACGGUGCGUAUUAAUAAAGAAAAGAAUGAUGGCUAUUAUAUUGUAUAAAAUAAAAGAGAUAAAAAGAAGUAUAAGGGAAACCGAUACACCUUCGAGGCGAAGCGAAGACGUGCAACACGACUGCCAAAUUCGUAAAAUCGUAGAUUCGACCGCGACCUAUGCCGGUAUUAAUCACAAGUUCGUUAUUUUCUAGGGUAAGCGUGCGGUUUCACGACGAUUUCUAUUGAUCGACGAUCGCCGAACGAAAAUGUUAGGUGCGAUUUCACGCGAUCUCCCGGUAACUGCCGCCGCACACGUUAGAUUACCACGGGGAAUGCUAUACUGCCAUGCAUCUGACAAAACAAAAUCGAGAAUACGAUUCGAUCGGUUUCAGUUGAGCUUCACGCGAAAUAGAACCGCGCACACGUACAGCGUUUCCUGUCCUAUCCACGUGCGAUUACUUCGCGAACGAAACGAACUUUUUCGAUUACCUUUUAUCGUCCAGUCGCGAGGGAUCCAUACGAAGUGUUAUCCGCCGAUCGUGCAACCUUUCACCGUGAAACUAAAGCACCGUUACGAACCUUCGAUCGUAAGGAAAUCGAUCAGCGACCCGAGGCUGUUCACCGCCAUAUCUUUCAGCUCGUUCAGCUCUGUAAUUUCGUUCUUUCCCUUGUCACUGUUGUUUUCUCGAUCGUUUGGAAAAAAAGAAAAAAAUUCGAAAUCGACGCGCAACGCUUCGUAUAUGUUCCCUCGAUUAGAUAUCCAGGGGCAAGCGUUCCUCACGAUUUUUCAUUUUUGAUAGUUUGCUAUAUGUAUAUAUAUAAAAGACGCAUUAAUUGACACCGUACGAGGCGAACGAGAUAUUUAAAUGUACGAUCUGUUAUAUUUGCGAGUCCGUUUAAACGAUGAACGCUGACAGCACGGGUGAGACCUGAAGCUGACGCCACAACGCGUGUCGUCCUAUGAUGCGUCCAACGAUCUCCCCACGUGUGGAAUCAGCUUCGGCGAUUUUAUUAUAAAUAUUUAUGUAUUUAUAUGUGU